AUGAUUGGUCCCGCCACAAAUUCCACUGGUCCCACCUUACUGCCAGGUGCCCCAUCAGAGUCAGGUGACCCUUCUACACCCUCUUCUGAUUCUCCGCCGACCGCUGCCUCUACUGCGCCUCCUGCAGCAACCACAGUCACUGCAGUUAGUGCGGCAACCUCGACAACCGAAGAAGAACACACACAGCUCUCCAGUCCAUUUGACCUCUCCGUUUACCUAGCUUCCAGUGGGGCCCACAGAGCUCCAGGUACGGGUUCCGUCGUAGUUUCCACCAAUAGCCCGAGAGUCGUGCCCAUGUCUUCGGUUUCUGAUGACCCAUCCAUGGCGGCUGCUCUCACCGUUGUUCGUCUGUCCAGACAACAGCAACGUCUACUUCAGUCCAGUUUGAAUAGUGGAGCCACUUCUACUGGACUGUUGUUUUGGAAUCCCCAGUCUCCCCAUCAGUCAAACUGCUCCAUUCCACACGGGCUGAACACACAGACAAGUUCCGUCUCUUCCUAUUCCCCUGCAUCCCCCACCCUACCCCCUGGCAUCUUAUUUGGCACGCCCAUUCUACCUGUCAGUUUGGUCCGAAUCGCGCAAUCCAGUGCUCAGGGUUUACAACAGCCUCCAUAG